GUCAAUAGGAUAUUACCAUAUCCAAUUUUGUACAUGAAAACCUCUUAUCAUGGAUCACAUCUCUUUCUCGACACCAAUCUUAAGAAAUCAACAUAGAUAAAACAUUAUUGCAUUGUUCCAAUUACAGCUACCAAUUCAUCCGUCAAGGACUAAAAAUAGUAGCUCUACCAAUCUCAAGACUAUAGAAUCAGACAAAGUGCUUGAAUCAGAAUGCCUCAUUUCACGUCCGACAUUCUAGAGAAAAUCCACUCUCAGGAAGGAGUCUCGAAAGCUGUGGUAGGACAGAAAUCAGCUAUCAAAAAGGUAUGUGGACUCGCAACACUCUCAGUCAAUAUGCCAAUACGCAGUUUCUAGAGAAAAAAUAGCACGCACCUUGUUUUGGAGGAUGAGCUGGAUACUUCAAUAAAAUCCGCAAAGUUGAAAGUAGAAGAGAAUGCGCAGAAUAAUGAAAACACAUCGAUCGACUCCCAGCCACCAAAAAUUGGCCUAGAAUUGAAUGAAUCAGAAUUUGGGCGUGAUGGUUUUUCGAGCAUAACACAGCAAGUCUCACCUGCCACAAGUCGCCACUCACCUGCAACACAUUCUCGCUUUGAGGAUCAUGCAAACUUUAUGGACUAUCAGCUUAAUGUCCCUCGCUUGCAUAAAACGCAGUUCAUUGAUUUUGAAUCAGAAAUGGAGUGGCGUAACUCAGUGCUCGAUAGUCACAAUAUGAGGUGGGGCGUAAAUGAAUUGAAAGUUGGACGAAUCCCAGAUGACCAGUUACAGGGUCAAGUUGGCAUUACGUUUACGAAGAAAUUUGAAACAUUCAACCAUUAUGGCACUGUAUUCUAUUCGAACACAUACGAAGAAGAAACGAUGGCGGCAUGUCUUACAUUGAUUGAAUUGAGCCAACCUAAUAAAGAGGAAUAUUUGAAUGGGUCGACAGAAAAUGAUCGAGAUUUGAUCUUGUCGACGGAACAAGAGUUGGAUGCAUGCUUUACAUUAAUGGGAUUAAAAAGGGAGCGCUGCUUCUUUGCAUCAAAUGGGAUCGCAGUCCCAUAUCGUAGAGAGAGGAAAUUGCGGGGACUUCAACGUGGAUUUUUCAACCAUACAUGCGAACAGCAUUCUAAGUGUAGUAUGCAAGCAAAGGAUACCGUCAUAUCUAACACUCGGUAAAUGACAAAUGGUCGAGAUGUCCGGAAAGAGGGCGAGAGAAAGAAAGGAAAUAUGGUUUGAGAAAGCAGUGGAUCAAUAUACGCAUGACGAACUCGUUUGGAAAACUGGAGCAUGAGCUCAAGGGAUUGAACGAAGAUAAAACAAGCUUUUGGAUGAAUGGGAAUUAGGAAGCUGAGCAUGCGUAUGACUCGCAGGAUACUCAAAGUCCAUUGAUCAUAGGCCAGACAGGAGGUGUUCUGAUGACCUACAUCUUUGGAAGUCCUGACUUCAUUGGAAACAUUGGAUGUUUUUUUUAUUAGAGAUAACACGUGCAUAACAAUUAUGAUGUUUUUAAACGGCCCCUUGAAUUUUACGGGAUGUGAUAAUGAUCGAAUCUCUGAAAGAAUGGAUCGGCUUAACUUAAGAUCCA